AUUGAAGAAUUUUAUAAACCUAGAACCGUGUGGGAAAAAAUAGACCUCGGGAAAUACAAUCCAAAGCGUCAUCGCCAUCCAUAUCGUUAUCGCUCUCUUUUAUCCAAUUUAUUUAUACUAUUAAUAUUUGUAUUUCUAAGAUAUACAUAUUUAUAUAAAUAAAUUGGAUAUUUAUUGCCAAUUUGUAACAAUACCUACUCUCAAUUUUCAUAGCUCUGCUCUCUCUCCUUCUGAAAGAAAAGAAAAAGAAAAUAAAUCCAGGAGCUUAGAAUUUGGUAAUUUGACCAUCCACCAAAAUGGAAGGCGUCGAUCACUUGGCCGAAGAGAGGAACAAGGCGCAAUUUGAUGUCGACGAGAUGAAAAUCGUCUGGGCUGGUUCCCGCCAUGCCUUCGACGUCGCCGAUCGCAUGGCUCGUCUCGUCGCCAGCGAUCCGGCAUUUAGAAAGGAUAACAGAGCGAUGCUAAGUAGAAAGGAAUUGUUUAAAAACACUCUAAGGAAAGCAGCUCAUGCUUGGAAACGUAUCAUUGAACUUCGUCUUUCUGAAGAAGAAGCAAGUAAGCUAAGGACUUUUGUCGAUGAACCAGCCUAUACUGAUCUUCACUGGGGUAUGUUUGUUCCAGCAAUUAAAGGACAAGGUACGGAAGAGCAACAAAAGAAGUGGCUUCCUUUGGCGCAUAAGAUGCAAAUUAUUGGCUGCUAUGCACAAACUGAACUUGGUCAUGGUUCCAAUGUUCAAGGCCUGGAAACCACUGCAACUUUUGAUCUUGAGACCGAUGAAUUUGUCAUUCAUAGUCCUACAUUGACUUCGAGCAAAUGGUGGCCUGGUGGAUUGGGUAAAGUUUCCACACAUGCUGUUGUUUAUGCACGACUAAUAACAGAAGGUCGUGAACAUGGAGUGCAUGGCUUUAUCGUCCAGCUUCGGAGUUUGGAUGAUCACAUGCCUCUUCCCGGCAUAACUGUUGGUGAUAUUGGAAUGAAAUUUGGGAGUGGCGCAUAUAAUACCAUGGACAAUGGUGUUCUAAGAUUUGAUCAUGUUCGCAUCCCAAGGAACCAAAUGUUGAUGCGGGUUAUGCAGGUUACAAGGGAAGGGAAAUGUGUGCAAUCCAAGGUUCCACGGCAAUUAAUUUAUGGCACUAUGGUGUAUGUGCGGCAGACAAUUGUAGCUGAUGCUUCCGCUGCUUUAUCACGGGCAGUUUGUAUUGCUACACGGUAUAGUGCUGUUCGGAGACAAUUUGGUUCAAAUGAUGGUGGUGUUGAGACUCAGGUGAUUGAUUACAAAACUCAGCAAAGCAGACUCUUUCCUUUGCUGGCAUCUGCAUAUGCUUUCAGAUUCGUUGGUGAAUGGUUGAAAUGGCUUUAUACGGAUGUGACCCAAAGGCUGCAAGCCAAUGAUUUCUCAACAUUACCUGAGGCUCAUGCGUGUACUGCUGGUUUGAAGUCCUUGACUACUUCUUUCACUGCUGAUGCCAUUGAAGAAUGUAGGAAACUUUGUGGUGGACAUGGUUAUCUUACUGCGAGUGGCCUUCCAGAGUUGUUUGCAGUUUAUGUUCCUGCCUGUACAUAUGAAGGAGACAAUGUUGUGCUGCUUUUACAGGUUGCAAGGUUUCUCAUGAAGACUGUUUCUCAGCUGGGUUCUGGAAAGAAGCCUGUUGGAACAACAGCUUAUAUGGCACGGGUAGAACAUCUUUUGCAGUGUCGUUGUGGUGCUCAAAAGGCUGAGGAUUGGCUAAAGCCUAAUGUGAUAUUGGAGGCAUUUGAAGCCAGGGCUGCUAGGAUGUGUGUCACCCGUGCUCAAAGCCUUAGCCACUAUCCAAAUCCUGAAGAGGGUUUUGCAGAACUGUCAGCUGAUCUAGUUGAGGCAGCCGUCGCUCAUUGCCAAUUGAUUGUUGUUUCCAAGUUCAUUGAGAAAUUGCAGCAAGAGAUACCAGGGAAAGGUGUGAAACAACAGUUGCAGAUUCUUUGCUACAUGUAUGCUUUGAACCUUCUUCAUAAACAUCAGGGUGAUUUUCUCUCCACUGGAUGCAUCACACCCAAGCAAGCUUCACUUGCAAAUGACCAACUGAGAUCUUUAUAUUCCCAGGUCCGUCCCAAUGCAAUUGCACUUGUUGAUGCAUUUAACUACACUGAUCACUACCUUGGUUCGGUUCUUGGUUGCUAUGAUGGAAAUGUUUAUCCAAAACUCUACGAAGAAGCAUGGAAGGAUCCUCUAAAUGAUUCAGUUAUUCCUGAUGGCUACAAUGAAUAUGUUCGCCCUAUGCUGAAGCAACAGCUACGUAAUGCAAGACUCUGAAGAAUACGUGUUUGAUCUAUAUGCUCUAUUGUUGCAAAUAAUAAUGCUAAUAAAGCUGCCUAGAAGGUUCACCUGAAAGGUGAAGAUUGGGUUUCUUUGCUUCUUUUUUCUUUUCAAGAAACUAUUAGGUUAGUGAUGAUUUAUGGUUGGGUAGCAUUUAUCUUCCGGAUGUUGAAAGAAAUAUCAGGAAACAGCCAUGCAGACCUCAUGCAGCAAGGAAAUAUUAUCAAUCUUCCUUGGAAGAUUCAGUAAGUUAUACUAGUGAGGAGCAAGACAAGACAAGACAAGAUUCUUUUUUCUCUACUAGGAUUGCUAAUGCUACAAGGGAUAAAACUUUUACAUAUACUUUAGUAAUAUAUGGAGAUGUUGAUGAUUCACCUCCUUUGUCUUCCUCAAUUUGUUCCUGCUGUAAGAUCUGAUGGUUCUCCUGCUCGCAUAAGUGGACUGUAUCAUUGUUUCAUGGCUUCAUGCUACAAUUUCAUCCUGAGAUUUUAGAACAUGUUAAUGAAUCCUGGUUUAUCUUUUACAGCUCCACAAACUUGGACUGAGAUGCAGAAAUUGUUCAAGAACAUGACAACGUUAUAAACCAGUUCUAUGGCUGUUUAUUUAUAACAUUAA